CCGGGAUGCGGCACGAGGAACCGUUCGGCUCCAGCUAACACGUGGUGACGAUCCACACACUCCAAGAUCGCGAGGGAAGCGUGUUUCAUCGUGAGAGGCUGGGACCUCCAGGAUGCCAGGGGUGUGGAAGUUGCUACGCAUGCUGAUCUAUAUGAUGGUUGGCUUGAAGAACGUUGGUAGCAACGGCGACAUCUGGCCGCUGGAAAGGCCAGAGGGCAUGCCAGCCAUCCAAUCCCUCGAGGUGAUGUGCGGAAAAGAUCACAUGGACGUUCAUUUAUCGUUCUCGCAACCUUUUGAGGGAAUAGUAUCGUCCAAGGGCCAGCAUGCUGAUCCACGAUGCGUUUACGUUCCACCAUCGACAGGACAAACCUUCUUUUCGUUUCGAAUAGCAUAUGCCAGAUGUGGUACAAAGCCAGACAUGCACGGUCAAUUCUACGAAAACACCGUUGUCGUUCAAUACGAUAAAGAUUUGCUCGAAGUUUGGGACGAAGCUAAACGAUUACGAUGCGAAUGGUUCAACGAUUAUGAAAAAACUGCAUCAAAACCACCAAUGGUUAUAGCCGAUCUCGAUGUCAUACAAUUAGAUUUUCGAGGGGACAACGUGGACUGUUGGAUGGAAAUACAACAUGGAAAGGGACCAUGGGCUCCACCUGUGUCUGGCAUCGUUCCUCUUGGCUCGACUCUCACGCUGGUCGUCGCAAUAAACGAUUACCGAGGUGAGUUCGACAUGAGAGUUAAAUCGUGCGUAGCAUCGGACGGUGGUGGUCACACGAUACAACUAAGCGACGAGUUUGGAUGCGUUCUAAGGCCUAAGAUGAUAAGCCGUUUUCUCAAGGCCAGAGGAUCGGAUGAUCGUGCUACAGUAAUAACAUAUGCGUUCUUCCAUGCUUUCAAAUUUCCCGAUGCUCUAAGCGUUCACAUCAAAUGCAAGGUGGAGAUCUGUCGGCACGGUUGUCUCGACCACUGUCAACUUAGCGGUUCGGUUGGCCAUUAUAUUCAAGAACGGAAGGAUCAAAUCCUUCAGCAAUAUCAUCAAACCACAGGAACGCCCAUCAUUCAUAACGACGAUAAUAAUAGUGCGGAGAAAAACGAUGGAGGCGUAAACGAUGAGCAAAAUGACGGUUCCCUUUACGACGACAUCAUUCAGAACGGUGACGAGAUGACUUCGAUAGGCGGACAAUUUCUGGGGAUCGAGAAGUCAGUUGUAAAGGCACAGCCGCAAACUAACAAUCGACUACCAGCACCCGUAAUAGAACCGCAAAACGAGGACGAUGUACAUCCGGACGAUCUUUCGCGGCCGUACUUGGAACCACCAAGAGUGACGAGAUACGAGAGCGACCGUGAACAAUUUCCUCACGGACCGCGUAACUUAGAAGAGGACGGUGAUUCGAGGCCAGUGACACCGUUGUCUUCUGUUAACGUGAGACGAAAGAGAUCGGUCGUGGUGUCGGACAGAAAGGUUAGAAGCGCAGACGUUGGUGUUAGUGGAAUCUACGAAGUAAUCUCGGAAGCUGACCUGGCCUUCAGUCCUGACACCCACGCUGAAGCUGUUACGGUCUUUCAAGGAAGAAUACGAGAGGAGGUCGUAUAUGGUAUUUGUUUACCAAUGCCAGGGUUCAGUGCACUUUUCGUAGUGGUAGCCCUUUCAGCCGUAGUCUCGGCACUGGUUGCUGGUGCUAUGUUGCAUCGAUUGCAAGCUCAACGUGAAGCGGUAGUUGGUAGUAGCAGAAAAAAUCGAGCAGUUGUUGGUGGACCUACGACAAACGGUUGGUUGCUUUAUGGUUUACUUCGUGUACGUUGCACGACGAGACCACCACCACCUCCACCGCCACCACCCUCAUCCGCGCAAUUGCAAAAACAAACUAACGAAAUAGUCUCCAGAGAGACACCUUCGGUUGAAAGAGGCUGA